UAUCUUGUCUGAUACCGACAAUAGGUUCUAAAGAUUUAGAUUUGUAUUGUAAAUAAUUAAGUAGGCCUACCUAGUUAUUAACUAGUGAUAUGUACAGUGUGUGAUAGCAGCACAGCUGUGAUGGAGAGUACGUUAGUGGCCAAGGGCCUAGAUAGGCCUGCCACUGCCAAUACAGACCCAGACUUUAUCAACUAUUUAUUUGAUCCCAAAGAGGAGUACAAUUGUUACUUCAUCGUCGGGAACCCUGACUUGGACAGAGUAGAGAGAAUUGGCGUGGUCAAGAAAAUGCUACUUGCCCAUAGUGUGGUUCUUAGAGCACAACUGAAGGACUCUAAGAUUGCUGAAAAAGAUGAUGUCAAAGUUAAAGAUAUCUUCCCACAAACCUUUAAGAACUUACUCAGGUAUGUUUACGGGUAUGACAACACCGCAAUAUUAACCUUUGAUGAGACAGAUGACUUGUUGUAUGCGGCAGAAAAAUACCAGAUGCUCAAACUGAAAAAUUUGCUUUCACUUCGUUUGAUGUCCAUGCUUAAUGCUAGCAAUAUUUGCAGUCUGAUGAACAACCCUGUGUGCUUCACUGUCUUGGAGCUGAACACAAUUAUAAACGAGAUCCUGCAGUUUGAAACAGAACAGGUACUGGCCUCUCCUCAAUUCCUGGACCUCUCUUCUAGUGCAUUCUUAAGAAUACUGGAACAAGAAGUCUGCAAUGUGCCUGAGAUUGAACUCUGGAGCGCAGCCAUCAACUGGGCAAAAAGACAAGGAAACUCGGAUGGCCAAGUUUUGAGGGAUCAACUAGACGAUCAUCUUCAACACAUCAGGGUGUGUUCAAUGGACAAUGAUGACAUUUUUCUAGAGGUAAUUCCCUCAAAAGUACUGACAUAUGAAGAAGUAGCGCUAGUGUGUGAAUCUCGUAAAACUGGACAAGUACAGCCCGAACUUACAACUAUCUGCAAUGUGAUUAAGAAGAGAGAUUGUCCUGUGGAUAAAUCAGGAUUGAUUGUUAAAAAGUUUAUACUCGAGUAUGCUUCCAAUCGCCAUAACUGUGAAACUACAUUUACAUUGACUACUAGACCACAAGAAGCCACAAUAGAAUUGUGUUCUGUCACUUGUGGCUUGAUAUAUAUUUUUUGCACCCCCACCUUAUCAAUAACGAGAGACACAGACACUGUAGCUGUAUGUAAAUACAAAAGAGAUUUGACCUUGGGUGAAAUCCCAGUUAUUGUUGAUGGUGAGAAUGUGCAGUUGGCUCCAAACUCCUCUUACAGUUUCUCGCUUUGGUGCUCAUGCAAUUCUCUCCGUACUCACGCGACUUAUUGUGUACACAGUAAAAUGUUAGGACAUCACUUCUCAGUUGAUUUUCAAACUUUUUAUAGUAAUAUUACGGCAAUUUCUUACAAAGUACUCCCCAAGGGAGUUUGAUCGACUUGAGCAGUGCAGUAGACAAAAUCACCUCGGAUCAGAUUAUUGAGAUAUUAUAAUCCUCUCAACUUCAAUAUCACUAACAAAGCCCAUUACUUAGAAAUUGAGGUCAUUGUGUUAAUUUAAUUUUCCCUAUUAACACAUUUAUACAACCGUACAGUCAGAGUGUAUGUUAACCUAUAAAGUUAUCUAGACCUAAAAAUGUAUUUUCUCUAUUCCUCUGGUUAAUAACUUUAUGGAUUAUUCAAUGCUAAAUGUCAUUAAAAUUUAGGGUUUUAUUUUUGUAAUAGAGAGGCAUGGUAAAUGAUAUAUUAGUUAUACAACUUUAGAAGUAAGAAAUUAAAAAUAGCAGAUUAAGUGUCUAAAAUACUCUAUUGUUGGUUGAUGUUCCAAUUGAAAAGAAUAAUAUUAAAAAGGUAAUAACCUUGUUAAACUUGUUUACAAGCCAUUCUGAAAUUAAGUGGAAUUUUAUGUCCCUCAUUGUUUUCUAAAAAAAACUAAUUUAUAUAAGCUUGAUAUUCUUUUUAUAAAUAAAAUAUACCCCCGCCGCAGCAAACCUGCCGUCUAAGCGAAUUUCCAUUUGGCUGAAUUGAUUUUCAAUUGAUCUAUUAAAAUAACAUUAGGUUUAACGAGUACCUAGGUUUGCUGCUACAAGGAAACUAAUAAAGUGUGUGUUUUAAGUAAAAUAAUUAUUGCUUAGUAUAAAAUGAAUAUAUUUGCCAAGUUUGAUCAAAAGAUAUCCAUAAACAAGCAAACUACAACAUUUUACAAUAUUCUCCAUAAGAAUAACAUGGGAAUUUUAAAUUUUUUUAGUUUUCUCCGUAACCAAUAACCGUACAAAAACACUUUGAUAUACUGAAUUGUUUGUUUUUUUAAGCUCUUUAAGAAGGUUU